CGGCGGGAUAGUUGUGUUGUUUAUUAGUGAGUUUUAAACAUAGACAGUAUAAGAACGGUUUUAAGAAGACAGAGCUGCAGGUAAACCCGCACACACUCACUCAGAAUCCAGAGUGAGUCCAGCAGCCCAAGUGGACAUCUGCUGGAUUUCGGGACAAGAGAGGAAUGGAGGAGGACAACCAGAACCAGGAGCAGUGGAGCAACAAGGUCCCCAGAAGACCAGCAGCAGACUGGGACUCUGAUACCAGCCAUGUUCAGGCGCCCUCAGCAGACGUCAAGCUGGAGACCGGAGAAGGAAAGGACAAGAAGGGCAAGAAGGCCGAGGAGGAGGAGGAGCAGCCUGCAGCACUUCCUGCAGCUGCUGCAGCAGCAGUGAAGGAGGAGAAGAAGGAGCAACCUGCAGUACCUCCUGCAGCAGCAGCAGUGAAGGAGGAAGAGGAGGAGCAACCUGCAGUACCUCCUGUCGCAGCAGCAGUCAAGGAGGAAGAGGAGGAGUAUGUGGUGGAGAAGGUUUUGGACCGCAGAGUGGUGAAGGGAAGAGUAGAGUUUCUGCUGAAAUGGAAGGGGUUCUCAGAUGAGGAUAACACAUGGGAGCCACAAGACAACCUGGACUGCCCCGACCUUAUCACCGAGUACAUGCAGAAACACAAGGAGAAGGAGGAAAAGAAGAAGAAGGAGGGCAAGAGGAGAGUUGUCAGUGAGGCCUCGGGAGACUCAGAGGAGCGAGGGAGCAAGAGGAAGAAGGAGGAGGUGAGCGAAGGAAAGAGGUUUCUCCAGAGUGAAGAGUCCCAGAAAUGA